UAACAGAUAAAUAUAAAAGAAUCCUUUGAAUAUCUGUUUCACGUAUAGAAUAUAAGAUAUGCUUUCCGCAUUUAUCUUUUAUAAUUUAUGUGGUUUAUUCUUACCAGCGGGAAUUACGACUAACAUUCGGAUUCAGCAAACAGAACAAUUGUCAUCCACCUUGACAAGUUUCUUGCUCUAUGAGGACAAUUUUUAUGUAGGCGGAGUCAACCGAAUUUACGUUUUGGAUAGAGAUUUGAAACAAAUUCAAAUAGCAAAAACUUCUGAUUCCUCCAGAAAUGUUAACAAGAUUUUGCUAGCACACCACAGUGAACGAUUCCAUGUACUUGUUACUUGUGGCACGGGAAACUCGGGAGUAUGUGAAGCCCGUAACUUAUCAAAUAUAGAGAGCGUGUUAAACUCUAGUUCAGCAAAUUAUACAGCAGACGACCACCUAACUGUAUCAACAAAUGAAAACAGACCUGCAGUUGGAAUAAUUACUGAAAAUGGUACAUUUUUUAUUGCAGUGACAUUUGGUGAUGGUAUUUACUUUAGUAAAAAGACCUUACUAGAUGGAAGUAAAGGUUGGACAUACAACUUUGCUAUAAGCGCAAGGGAAGUCUCUGAUUUCAAGCCUGUUACAGAUAGGUUCAAAGAAAAACUACUCAGAAUCCAAAUACCAUCUACACCUAUUGAAGAGUUUUUAAUAUAUUAUAAAGUAUGCUUCCAAUACAAUGGGAUGAGUUAUUUUGUUGCAAAUCAGAAAAAUGAAGUAGGAUCUUCAACCUAUGUAACAAAGCUAGUAAGGAUUUGUCAAAAAGAUACAUAUUUCAAUACAUAUACGGAUAUUGUCUUAAACUGCAAUCAUUUUGACGUUACGUACAAUUUAAUUCAAGAUGCUAUCUUGGUAGACAGUGAAGAGUUUCAGGGUAAUAUAUUGAUUGCAGUGUUUACAAGGGGAAAUAAUCCAGAAAAAACAUCAGGGGACAGUGUUGUUUGCAUAUCUAAAAUAAAAGAUAUAGAUGACGCAUUAGACGCUGCCCAAUUGACUUAUAGUACGUCUUGCACAGGGCCCGGGAAUGUUAGCACACGGUAUCUACAAUCUCACAAACAAGUCGGAGAGUGUUUGCCUAAAGAUGUAAGAACUACUGCAUUUAUUACACAUCAAAUUAUUAGAUUACUGUUAUAA